AUGGCCGCCCAACAACCUCUCAAGAACGAAGCCGCCUGGCUCACUUCCGAGAAAGCCUACCCACUCCAAGUCAAGGAAGCCCCCUUUCCCGAGCCCGUCGGCGACGAAAUCAUCAUCAAAGUCGGCGCCAUAGCCGUCAAUCCCGUCGACUACGUCCUCCAAGAAUCAGCCUUCUACCCCCUCCCCUACCCGUGGAUCCUCGGCACCGACAUAGCCGGCCACAUCCACGCCCUCGGCCCCUCCGCCGACACCACCAUCUUCCGCCCCGGCGACCCCGUCCUCGCCCUCACCCCCGGCUUCGACGCCAGGGACCCCGCCGGCGGCGCCUUCCAGCGCUUCGUCAGGCAGCGGCCGCCGCUGGUGGCGAGGAUCCCCCCCGGCCUGCCGCUCGCCGACGCGUGCGUCGUGCCGCUGGCGACGGGCACGGCGGCGGCGGGGCUGUUUGAAGACGGGUUUUUGGGGUUGCGGUUGCCGAGUGCGAUUCCUGCUGUUACUACUGGCGCCGGUGUUGAGGGGGGUGGGGAGGGGGAGGGGGAUGGCGGGAAGGAGGGCGGGAACGAAAAGGAUAAGGAAGUCUUGCUGGUGUGGGGCGCGGCGAGCAGCGUGGGGAGCUGCGCGGUGCAGCUGGCGCGGUGCGCGGGGUACGAGGUCUGGGGCGUUGCGGGGGAGGCGAACGCGGGGUAUGUGGUUGACGGGCUGGGGGCGGCGCGGGCGUUUGAUUAUCGGGCGGAGGGCGUGGUGGAUGGGAUUGUGGAGGCGUUUGUGGGGAGGCGGUUUGCGGGCGUGUUUGAUGCGGUGAGCGUGGGGGGUGCGGUCGAGGCGUGUGUGGAGGUGGCGGCGAGGGUGGGGACGGAGGGGAGGAGGUUCGUGGCGAGCGUGCGGUGGUUGCCCGAGGGGUUGAAGGACAAUUUGCCGGAGGGCGUCGAGGCGAAGUGGAUGUGGGGGAGCAUGAGCGGGAAGACGGAGGUGGGGCCGGCGGUGUUUGGGACGUUUUUGCCCAAGGCGUUGGAGGAUGGCCGGUUCAAGUGUAUGCCGAGGCCGGAGGUGGUGGGGGAGGGCUUGGAGAGUUUGCAGAAGGCGUGCGAUGUGCUGAAGGGGGGCGUUUCGGCGAAGAAGAUUGUUGUUACUUUGUAG